AUGCGAAUUCGUUACGUGAAUGCGCAGUAUCCUGGCAGCAACCACGAUGAUCAUAUUUGGAACGUAAGCAGCGCGCGAAAUUUUUUUGAAAAUAAACACCUAAACGGCGAACGAAACAUUUGGCUUUUGGGAGACGCUGGAUAUGCUCUAGAGCCAUGGUCAAUGACACCUUUUCGUUCACCUACAACAGGAAGCGCCGAAGGAAACUACAAUAAAAUACAUGCAAAAGCCAGAAAUACUAUAGAAAGGACCAUAGGUGUAUUUAAGAACCGAUUCAGAUGCCUUCUGGGUGCUCUUUUCGCACUAAUUACAAUUGAAAAUCUGUUUUGUAUAGAGAGCCGAUUACUAUGCGACCGACACAAACAAACCGCGGCAAUGACGCUUUAUUAUGAACCCAUGAAGGUUUGCCAAAUAGUGAACGUUGCCGCAGCAUUGCACAAUAUUUGUAUCAAUUAUCGCGUGGUUGAUGAUUUUUCAAAAAAUGUUGAAGAAAACCAUUUUAAUCAAACGUAUGAACCUUCUCCUUCAACAUAUACUGAUGCAGCUAUCCGGAUAAGGGAAUCUAUAUCUUCAACAUUAACACGACUAUAA